AGAAACAUGGCUUCUGAAAAUGUUUCUUUAGUGACUGAAUUCAUUCUGGUAGGAUUAACAGACCAACUUGAUCUCCAAAUACCCCUGUUCUUUGUGUUUUCAGCAAUGUAUAUCGCUACUGCAUUUGGGAAUUUGUGUUUGAUAAUUCUAAUUGUACUAAAUUCACACCUUCACACCCCAAUGUACUUUUUCCUCUUUAACUUGUCCUUCAUAGACCUCUGUUAUUCUACUGUAUUCACACCAAAAAUGUUGAUGAACUUUAUAUUAAGUAAGAAUGUCAUUUCUUAUAUGGGAUGUUUGACCCAGCUCUAUUUCUUUUGUUUCUUUGUCAUUUCUGAAUGUUAUGUCCUAACAACAAUGGCCUAUGAUCGCUAUGUGGCUAUCUGUAAUCCACUCUUGUACGCUGUUGUCAUGUCCCCUAAAUUAUGUUUGAGCCUUAUGCUUUGUACAUACGCAAUGGCAUUUUCUGGUGCCAUGGCUCACACAGGAUGUAUGAUGAGACUGACCUUCUGUGAUGCAAAUACUAUCAACCAUUACUUCUGUGACAUCCUCCCUGUGAUGCAGCUCUCCUGCACCAGCACCUAUAUUAAUGAGCUUGUAGUGUUCAUUGUGGUAGGCAUAAACAUUAUUGUUCCCAGCAUCACUAUCUUUAUCUCUUAUGGCUUCAUUCUCUCCAGUAUCUUCCGUAUCAACUCUGCCGAGGGUAGGUCCAAGGCCUUCAGUACCUGCAGUUCCCACAUAAUUGCUGUUUCUCUGUUCUUUGGAUCAGGGGCAUUCAUGUAUCUUAAACCAUCUUCUUCUUCAUCUAUGGAUCAAGGAAAAACCUCUUCUGUCUUUUACACCAAUGUGGUUCCCAUGAUGAACCCCUUAAUCUACAGUUUGAGGAACAAAGAUGUAAAAAUGGCCUUGAGAAAAAAUAUGAGAAGAUGGAAAUUUUGA